ACUGUGCCCAAAGCCAUGCACAACUCCCUCUGGGGCACCACAACCAUCUCCUACAUAGGAUGUGCUGCACAGACCUUUUUCUUUAUGUUCUUCAUCUCCACAGAGUUUUCCCUCCUGACCAUCAUGUGCUACGACCGCUACGUGGCCAUCUGCAAACCCCUGCACUACGGGACCCUCCUGGGCAGCAGAGCUUGUGCCCACAUGGCAGCAGCUGCCUGGGCCAGUGUGUUUCUCUAUUCUCUGCUGCACACAGCCAAUACAUUUUCCCUGCCCCUGUGCCAGGGCAAUGCCCUGGGCCAGUUCUUCUGUGAAAUCCCACAGAUCCUCAAGCUCUCCUGCUCACACUCAGGCUAUCUCAGCGAACUGGGACUUCUUGGGGUUAGUGCCUGUUUAGCAUUUGGCUGUUUUGUUUUCAUGGUUUUCUCCUAUGUGCAGAUCUUCAGGGCUGUGCUGAGGAUCCCCUCUGAGCAGGGACGGCACAAAGCCUUUUCCACGUGCCUCCCUCACCUGAUCGUGGUCUCCCUGUUUGUCAGCACUGGCAUAUUUUCCUACCUCAAGCCCCCCUCCAUCUCCUCCUCAUCCCUGGAUCUGGCCCUGUCAGUUCUGUACUCGGUGGUUCCUCCAACCCUGAACCCCCUCAUCUACAGCCUGAGGAACCAGGAGCUCAGGGAUGCCCUGAGGAAAACGAUAACUGGAUGCUUUUCAGGAGCAAUAAGAUGCCUGUCUUUUGGUGUGUAGCAUUCAGAACGGGACUCCUUAAUGACCCAGUCUUUCUGCUCAGGUUUUCCUGGAGGUCAUCGGGUCCUUCUUGC